GAAUAUUAAAAAUUAAAUUGAAAAAUCUCACUCUAAAUCUAAACUUUUCAUCAUCGUCAUUGGUUGAUUAGCACGCUCAGCCAUGCUAGUGUUCGCACUUAAAUGGCGUCUUCAAUAAUUGCUCAAACAAGCGGCGGUACAGUAGAAACGUCUGCAACAACAAAUCCUUUAACAACAGCUUCAAAUUUGCACAACUCGCAUUUGAAUCAUUUGAGCAGUUUGAGUCAACAUUACACGACGCAAACCUAUCAACAUCCACAGCAGCAUCCACAGCAACAACAACAUUUGCUACCAUUGCAUCAUCAACAGCAACAGCAGCAUUUGCACUAUCAGCAGGUGCAACAACAGCAACAGCAGCAGCAGCAGCAACAUUGGGAUUACUAUGCACGCCAACAACAACUAUCGCAAACAACAAAUAAUCUGCAACAACAACCUCAACAGCCUACAGCGCCACCGCCCAAUACCACAACACAACAUCAACAGUCAACAACUCAAUCAACACAAUCAACCACCCCCAACUCAACGAGCAACAGUAACUCGAAUGCCAACAGCAAUGAUGCGAACAAUGGAAAUGAUCCAGUGAAUCAAUCUCAAACGAACGGCAAUAGCAAUAAUAAUUACACACGUCCUUGGGAAAUGGAUACAAAGGACACAACGAAAGGCGGCUUCGAGCCAUUCUCGAAGCUGCCCUCAUUUCAAAGUCAAUUUCAUGGCUAUAACGAUCAAUUAAUGGCAGAUGCUGCUUCACUGUCAGCAACACUGCCGCCCUCUAUGUCUUCACUGCAAACUGUCGCCAUGUCACCAGCUAGCAUAUCAGUUAGCUCACCGGGCAUGGUGAGUGUUGGUUCGCCACUAACACAAUUGAGCGGUCUACAGACAAGUAUAACGCCACCAGCAAGUUCAUUUUCUGCCCUAGGUGCUCCGCCACCACCACCGCCCAAUACAUUUCAUCACCCACUUAGCGCAGUAAAUACGCAUCCGCACCAUCGUGCCACGUAUCCGCUAGUGCCAGCUGCACUUCCACCAGCUGCUACUACUCUACAAAGUACGACUGCUGCUUAUGGGAGUGGCACGGCGUUGGAUGAUGGACGUCAUCAUUUAGGUUUAUAUCAACCAUUAACAACUUCUUAUGCCUCAGCCGCAUUACCUCCGCCAACUUCGACUUUAACACCGGCUACACAUAUUGGUGCAAAUUCACAGCUCACGCACAGUGGCCUCUCUAAGAAGGAAUCUUUGCAUACAACAUUUGAUCUCAAUAAUGGCAACGGCCUAACUGCCCUGUCAAACAACCAAAAUAUUGCAACUACGCCUAUGGGUAUGCAUACACCGACGCCCUCAUAUGAUGGCAACACUUCCUCUAUGAUGGACGCAACAAAUGGUGGUGUCGGCUAUCACACGCCACAUUCUACGCAUACGAAUAGCACAGGACCGCAUACACCACAUACAACACAGUCGCAUACGCCCACUCCGACGACAACUACGCGCAUCAAGGUGGAAAAGGAACUUAAUUCACCCAUAACACGUGUAGAUGCGCGUAAGAAGGAACGGCGGAAAAAUCGUGCUAAUUCGCUUGAAUCCAGUGCUGAAUCUGAAGCCAGUGCUAUGGAUGUUGAUCCUAGCAAUCCGGGACAAGUGGACGCUGUAUCAAGUACAGCCAAUUUUAAGAGUCCCUUAAGCGCUUUGGGCAUGGGUGACAGUAAUGACACUAACGGCACUGAGAAACAGUCGAAGAAGAAACGCAAGCGUUGCGGCGAAUGCAUCGGCUGUCAACGCAAAGACAACUGCGGCGAAUGUGCACCGUGUCGUAAUGACAAGAGUCAUCAGAUCUGCAAACAACGGCGCUGCGAAAAACUCACCGAGAAAAAGGAUAUGCGCAAAGUAUUCUUGCUGUUGGUAGGUCAAUGCACGUACAAAAGCCACUUUUCACUACAAAACAUUUGCAAACGCGAAUAUUGCAUAGCUACAUCAUCAAAAACAGCAACAACAACAACUACAACAAUAACAGCAGCAAUAUCAGAAGUGGAAGUAGCAACACCAAUAUAA